AUGUCCGGCGAAGACAAGUCUCUCUCUGAGCGCAUCGAGUUCCCGGCUAUUCCUGAGGAAGCUCGGAGCAAGAUCUCUCAUGUCCAGGAGGAGCUGGAGCGAGCGGAGCUGGAGCAGCUGCGCAAGUCCAUCCCCCUUUUCGCCCCCAUUUUCAAGAAGCGGGAAGAGAUCAUCUCCAUGCCCGGUGUGAAGUCUGACUUCUGGGCUCGCGUCUUCUCCACCGCCCCCUCCGAGAUCAGCGAGUUCAUCUUGGAAUCCGACUCGGAGAUCCUCGCCGAGAACCUCAAGAACGUCGUCGUUGAGCGUUUCGAGGUCGAUGCCGAGGGCAAUGGUGAGCCCCGCAGCCUGCGCUUCACCUUUGAGUUUGAAACGGAGAACAACGAGUUCUUCGACAACGCCAAGCUUGUCAAGGAGUUCUACUGGCGUAAGCAUGUCCAGAAGACGGCCAAGGGCAAGCGCCGCGCUUGGGAGGGUCUGGUUUCCGACCCCGUCCGUAUCAACUGGAAGUCUGCCGACGUGGACCCCACCCGCGGCCUGCUGGACGCCGCCUGCGAUCUGUUUGAUGCCGAGAAGAAGAAGGGUGGCAAGCGCACCGAUCUUCCCGAGUACGAGGCUCUCGUCAAGAAGCUGGAGAUUGCCGAGGCCGAGGCCAUGCAGGGCGCCGACAUCGAAGAUAUGGAGGAUCUGCCCGAGGAUGAGGACGAUAGCCCCGCGGGUGCCAGCUUCUUCUCCUUCUUCGCCUACCGUGGUCGCGAUGUCUCUGCCGAGCAGAACAAGGAGGCCCUGAAGGAGGAUGAGGAGCGCUGGGCCAAGAUUGCCAGGGGCGAGGAGGUCCCCGAAGACGAUGACGAGGAGGAGGAGGACGACGAGGAAGAGGAGGACUUUGACCUCGUGGAUGACCUCGAGGAGGCCGAGGUCUUCCCCGGUGGUGAGGACCUCGCCAUUGCCAUUGCCGAGGACCUCUGGACCAACGCCUUGAAGUAUUAUGCCGAGUCUUUCCAGCCCUCCUUCGACUUUGAGGAUGAGUUCGAGGAGCUCGAGGAUAUGGAUGAGGAUGAGGACGAUGUUGAUGAUGGCGAGGAUCAGCCGCCUGCCAAGAAGGCUCGCAACUAG